UCAGAGAACCUCCCCCAGAGGCUGGGCAGGGACGGAGUAAAAAACAUCUGGAGCAGCUGUGAGUUUGUGAGCUCUGCCCUGCGGUUAGCGAUGUUGUCUCUGGCCUCCCACUCACUUCGCCUGAGCUCUGCUGGUUACCAGGCAAGCAGGAGGUCCGUAGCAACAGUCAUCUCUGGCAACAAGACUUCCAAGUUGGUGAGGGAGAGGCUGAAGAAGGAUGUGGAGAAGAUGAAGAACCAGUUCUCAGGGUUCAGACCCAGUCUGGUUGUUCUGCAGGUGGGAGACAGAGAUGAUUCAAACCUCUAUAUCAGCACCAAACUGAAGGCUGCAGCUGAGAUCGGAAUUGAUGCCAAACAUGUUCGGUUGCCGAGCUCAGCGACACAGGAAGAGGUGUUGCAGAGCAUCAUGUCUGUAAAUGAAAACCUGUCUGUGCAUGGUCUGAUCGUCCAGCUGCCUCUGGACUCAGUCAACAGAAUCGACACAGAGCUCAUCACCAACGCCGUUUCUCCGGACAAAGAUGUGGACGGCCUGAGCUGCAUCAAUGCUGGAAAGUUGUCUCGAGGAGAUCUGAAUGACUGCUUCAUCCCCUGCACCCCCAACGGCUGCAUGGAGCUCAUCCGACAGACAGGUGUGUCAGUGGCAGGCAAACACGCUGUGGUCAUCGGUCGCAGUAAAAUCGUCGGGGCUCCCAUGCAUGACCUGCUGCUUUGGAACCAUGCCACAGUGACCACCUGUCACUCAAAGACCCCAGACCUACCUGAGCAGGUGAGGCGGGCCGACAUCCUGGUGGUGGGAGCAGGCAGAGCAGAGAUGGUGAGGGGGGAGUGGGUGAAGGAAGGAGCUUUGGUCAUCGACUGUGGAAUCAAUCACGUUCCAGAUGAGAGCAAAGCCAGCGGUAAACGGGUGGUUGGUGACGUUCACUAUGAUUCAGCCAAUCAGAGAGCAGGAUUCAUAACUCCAGUUCCUGGAGGGGUGGGGCCGAUGACAGUGGCUAUGUUAAUGGAGAACACGGUGCAGAGCGCUCAGCGGUUCCUUCUCAGGAGUCAGUCUCACAGAUGAAAGUCUGACAGCCUAGACAGUGAAGUGAGGCUCCACCUUCAGACACUGCGGCUGAUCCUCUGCACAUCUUCAGCUGCUGGUUGAAUCCAGUGUUUAGUAUCUUCAUCCUUCUUAUCAUCAUCAUCAGCUGACUGAAGCAUUUCUAUCUAAAAAGAUUGAACUGAUGGAACCAGGAAGUAAAGCAGAACAUGUAUGAGCCUCAUAUGAACUUAUAAUCAACAUUUUAACUGCGAAUAAAACGAACAACCCCUCUGAACUGAGAUCCAUGUGUCCCUCAUUCUAUCAGAGUAUAACUGUGCAGAUAUUGAUAGUCAGAAUGUAACCUGCAAUUAGUAAAGGUUUUACUUUCUGAACAUUAUACCUAAAAUUGUCAGAACUUUGGACCCAGAACCGAGUGGAUUCCAGCCGGAUUAUUUCCCACAGUUCCCACAGUUCCCACUGUCCAGACAGGUCCAGGAACCAAAGCCCAGGCUGCUGAACUGGCUGACAAGCAGAAGCAAGCGGACAAAAUUAAGCAGGAGUUUCCAGAAGGUGAAGCCAAAGCCGGUGUCGAUGAGGUACAAAGGAGUCACCGAAGGAAAAUCCAAGUUGGGGUCAGGAGAGAGAUCCGGGGUCGUAAACCGGCAGAAUCCAGGUCCCAGUUCUUUGGGACCGGAAUGAUGGAGGCAGACUUAAAGCAUGCUGGCACACUUGAUCGGUCCUGCCAGGUGUUUCAAAGUCAGGUCAGCAGUUCCUUGAACACCCACCCCGGUAUGUUAUUGGUCCCUGGGGCCCCCCGGGUUCACUCCCCUUAGAGAUUUCCACAUGAAGGGCCAGGCUGUAUAAGGGCCAGAGCCGCCUCCCUCCCCCUCUAGAGGAGGCUGAGCUCCUCUGGAGUUAUCGGGCCACUGAUUCAAACCUUCUCUGACUCUGUGGAGGCAUCAGCCCUCCUCUACGCUGUCGUCUGCUGGGCCCCUGGCAGCGCAGAGCGGGACACAAAGAGACUGAACUAACUGGCCAUUUCU